AUGUCGACCACCUGCGGCCGUUGCGCCGCAUCAUUGAAGCUCACACGACAACGCCGACUUGACAAAGCAUUGUCAAUUAAGCCUGGCAUCUCAAAGAGAAGUUCAAUCUACGGGAUAAAUAUCUCAGGCUACUCAGCCACCGGUUAUAUCAGCAACCGACAAUAUGCAUCAUCUUCAGACAAGAGAGUUCCGUCAGCUGCAUCAAGAUCGUCCUGGAAACCACCCACCAAAGAUCCGAGAUUCUUCCUUUCAGAGGACGUCAACCCACCUCUGAGCACAUUACCCGCCGACCUCGACCUUCCGCCUGCAGGCAACUCCAGCGAAUCCUUCUCACAGAAAGCCUCACGCUACAUCGCAACCGGCCGCGCAUAUUUCGGCUUCUAUAAGACUGGCCUCAAAAACGUCUACUUUAACUACAAAGCUUCAUUACCAAUUCGCCAAAAACUCGGUCUUCCGUCGUAUAUACCUUCCUCCCCACCCUCCUCAUCGCGCAACACAUCCGCAGGCGCAUCCUCGCUCCACACAGCAAUCAACACCCUCAAAAUCACCCGCGCCGACUUCCAACUCGUGCGUCGCGCCGCCUACGACGUCCGGCGCAUGAUCCCCUUCGGUCUGAUUCUGCUAAUCUGCGGCGAAUUCACCCCCUUAGUCGUCGCCGCAAUCGGCGAUGCUGUGACCCCUUAUACCUGCCGCAUACCGAAACAACUCGCCAAGACGCGCGCAAAACGUGUGGAACAGAGACAACACGCUUUCGCGGCUGUGCAGGGUGGAUUGGGCUCAAUGAAGCGCAUGCGUGACGAGGAUACGAUGACAUGGUUAGCGGAGCAAUUCGGGUCCAGGGAGUUUGCGGCUACGGCGUCGUCGGAGCAGGUGCUUCGUGCUUGUGCGGUGUUUGGGUUGGCGAAAUCGCAUGAUACGGGUGCGGCUUGGGUGUCGUUGAUUUAUAGGCCGAGGUUGCGGAAGUGGACUGAGUAUUUGGCGCUGGAUGAUGAGUUGAUUGUGCGUGGCGGCGGAGUGGAUGCGUUGAAUACGAAGGAAGUCCGCAUCGCGGUUGAGGAGCGUGGUGGGUUUAUUGAUUCGGAUUUGGGAGAUCAGAAAGUUGAGAAGGCAGAGAGGGAGUGGCUGAGUCGGUGGCUGAAUAAGAGGAAGUUCAUCGAGUGA